UGACUUUAAGUUUUCGGUGUGCCACUGUGUGUCCUGCUGGUGCUAAAACACAUUGGUACGUCCUAAGCGUCUGUACCAGCAUUGUAUCUGUGACUAAAAUACAAUGUUGUAGCUAGCCAGCGAUGUCUACGACCUCCAAAGUGGUACUUGGGAUUUCUCUGGCUCUUACAUUGGCGACAGUUACAGGAGUGCAUACCAAGCAGAAUUGGGACCGAGCGAAACUUCGCGAAGGAGUGCUCCGCGACCUGGAGAGGCAGGAGCGGAAGAAGGAGAACCUUCGGCAGCUAGAGGAGCAGAUCAGCCUGACCCGGGAGCUGGAGGCCGAGCGCCGGAGGACGGCAGCGGGAACCCCGGGCCCCUAG